ACGACGACGCCGACGACGACGAUUGCACGAUCAUAACGACGACGACGACGGGGACGUCGAUCCGCCCGAGCGAUACCGAUCUCGCCUCGCCGACGCGAGAACACGAGACGCGUCUUAUCGCGCCGGUAUCGCCUCCCGAUUAAAUCGACAUCGAGCACACGUGUGCCCCCGCGCGCGCGCGCGCGCACGCACGACAGUGAACGAGUGUGAGAUCCUGCAUCUUUGCAGGUACCAGCUGCAAGUGCACGGCUGAAACUAAAUCCGAGAGUACGUCAGUGUCUCCGGUGUCGCCGAUUGCACCCCUGUGUGUGAGGAUUAUCCCGACAGAUAAAGAUUUAUUCGGAGUACCACACGUGCUCCGUCUUCCCCGUUCGAAACACUCGAAUAGAAUUUACGCGGUUCUAUGUGAUGCGAGAUUUAAAUCGCUUUCGUAUCUAUCGCGAGUGUGUGGUACUGUCAGAUAGACUGCAUGUACUUUUUCUUCGAACGCUAUUUCGCAAGUAUCAAUAUUACGAGUUCUUCGCAAGUGCUGUUGUGGCUCGCUUCGCGAGCUAAUAAGAUAAAUUUUCUCUUUUAAAACGCUGAAGUGUUAAUUGUUGGCCAAUUCUUCCUUUGGAGAGCUUAGAAAAUUAUUCUUUUAAUCUCUAAACCUCAUUCUCGAUUUAUUUAGUUUGAGAGACCCCAUUAUAUUCGAAGAUAUUCGAUUUCUCUGACAUUAAAUUCAAGACAUCGGUGACAGAGAAUACAGACGAUAAUUAUUAACGCUGCUAAUAAAGAAGCGUGAAAGUGACGCGCGAUAGUGCCACCUGAGCGCGUCUCUAAAUUAAACCGCGCGCGGCGCGCAAAAGAAGGACCACCUACCAAGAAUAACGUCAGAAGCGAAGUAAGGGGGAUCGGUGGUAAAAAGCGGCGCGCAAAAGGCACGCGCCCGAGACGUAGGAUCAAAGUUGAAAUUCCUCGAGAGGGCGGCGAAGGAGGAGGAAAAAGCGCGAACGUUAGAGGAAGUCAAAGCGGACGAAGAGGACGACGACCAGAUCGAAUGCCGUAAGGCGAGGAGUUUCGACGGGAAGAAACGAGGAAAGAAAGGCACACAAAGAAAGCCGGAAAAAUACCGACUGGUUUUGUUAAUCAAAAGAUUUCGAGACACACGCGUCCGGCUUAAUAACGAGCGAGGGGAGGAGAAAAGGGCGGGCGCGUGAAAGAACUCGUCGAAGGACCAGGAGAUCGUGAAUUGUGUCGCUGGCGCCUGUGGCUUUUUGUACUUUCGACUGAAUAGAACCGACAAAGAAUAAGGGUCCACCGUUGAAUAAAUGAAUAAAUAUUAUUGAACUGCCGUCGAAUACUGAUAUGUUUGCGGAAGAUUGAAAAUUUUAAGAAGGGAGAGAAAUCCAAAAGGAUUUUUCGUGCAAAUCAAACACAGUUACGAAAGGGCGUGGAGAAAACACAGGGACUUCUUAUAAUUCUAAUUAAACUAUUUUGAAGUGAGACAUAGCGAUUGAAAAAAAAUUAGGAUUCAGAUCGAGAUCAUAGAUCGUGUGGUGACUACAAAUAAUAUAAAAAUAAUUAUUUAUUAAUGUAUAAAUAUUUGUUAUUAAUAUAACGCAAAGGACCGGCGCAACGUUAUACGAGCGUUAAAGACAAUCAAAUCGCGAGGACGUCGAGAAUGCCUGGAUUUUCCGAGUCCUUCGAGUGGUCGCGAUCGAUCGUGGAAGUGGCGCGAUCGAAAUUGUUCUCGGAUCCGUGUCUGCCUCGCGAGAAGGACUGUCGCUGAAUCAAUUUUGCGGCUUAUAUUUGGAAAACUCAAUUUGAUCGAUCGAGAUCGAAUGUUGCGCCCUGUGACGGGUGAGCGGAUCCGACGUGUUGAGUGCAGCCAUCGCGACACCUGAACCAGAUAGAAGACGAUAUCGAAAUGCGCUGCGCGUCGGGAUACGUAUUUCUGACGAGUCUGCUGAUGGUGCUAAGGACUCGCCGAAUGGGCGCGGCUGCGGAGGAGACGUCGUCGGAAUUUCAAAACAAAGUGCCCGUGAGAUUAGUCUGGGCAACCGAAGGCGACGAUGUAGAGCUGCCAUGCGACCUCACACCGCCGACGCCGCAGGAUUCGGUUAACAUGGUUCUCUGGUUCAAGGACAACGUCGGGAUACCGCUCUACAGUCUGGACGCGAGAAAUGGUAGCUUGAUUGGUGCCGUCCACUGGGCGGUCAGCGACGACCUCGGGAGACGAACGUACUUCCAGGUCGGCGACGGUCACCGGGCGAAAUUAAAAGUCACCAAGGUGACGCUGAAAGACCAAGGGGUCUUCAGGUGCAGAGUGGACUUCAUGGACUCGCCGACGCGAAACUUUCACGUAAACUUGACUUUAGUUGAACAACCAAGUAGGCCUGUGAUAUACGAUGCCCAAGGACGAGAGGUAACGGGGGUGGGCGGUCCCUUCCUCGAGGGUUACAAUCUUGCUUUGAUAUGUCAAGUGUCUGGAGGUAGACCUAAGCCUUCAGUAACGUGGUGGAAGGACGGCGAGCUCCUGGAUGGAGUAGUCGAUACGUUGUCUAUCGGCUCGUCGAGCAGAUUUACGGAGAACCACUUGUUUAUCGACAAAGUUACCAAGUCACUGUGGGGAGCGAAGCUCGAAUGCAGGGCUCAAUCCGGACCGAUGGAGAAACCUGUCGUCCGUGAGGUGCCCCUCGACAUAUACCUUAAACCAGCAAUCGUGAAGAUCGGUCUGAGCGAGGAACAGAUCUUCGCGGGUCGUCCAAUCACCGCCAAAUGCGAGACGUGGGGUAGUUCUCCAGCGGCUAGAAUCAUUUGGAGGCUCGGUGAACAUGUAAUGGGCGAUCCCAACGUGUCCACCACGCAGAGGAGUAACUCGACGAUGAGCAAACUGGUCUUGGUCCUCAACAGAGAUGACGAUGGCAAGGAAUUGGUCUGCCGUGCCGAAAAUCCGAGAUUUCCCGGAGGAGUGCUCGAGGAAGUUAAAACGCUUCGCAUCUCCUAUGCUCCGGUAGUUGUCGCUCGUUUGGCUAAUGGCUACGUCUUGGACACUUUGAGGGAGGGCGACGAUCUCAAGUUGGUCUGCGACGUACAAAGCAACCCGCCACCGACGCGAGUGACUUGGUACCACGAUAAUCAGCGGUUGGAACACGACGUGAGCGCCGGAAUUCUACUGGCUUCUAAUUCGUUGACACUCCGUGUGCUCGCACUCGCACACAUCGGCGAGUACUCCUGCGUGGCCGCGAACGCCGUGGGAGAAACCUAUAGCCCGCCGCUUUUUAUUCACAUGAAAUACGCACCGAGAUGCAGAGAAGAUAACGAAAGAAGAGAGAUCACCGUCGCUCGACAUACGACGGUACAGCUCAAGUGCGAGGUGGAAGCGUCGCCUGAUGACUAUGUACGAUUUUCAUGGACCUACAACGGCACUGUCGGCGAUGUUCUACCUAUAUCGAACUCGAGAAUCGAAAAUAAAGAACUCGUGAGCGUGCUAGAAUACACCCCUAGUGCCGAGACCGAUUACGGCACGUUGGCUUGCUGGGCGAGCAACAGCAUCGGACGGCAAAGGACACCCUGUAUAUUUAACAUCGUGCCUGCUAAAGCACCGCAACCACCACUGGACUGUGCAUUGUACAACGAGACCAGCUCGCUGGAGGUUAAUUGCAUCCCGGGGUCGGACGGCGGAUCGCCGCAGCAUUUUUUGCUGGAAGUACGAGGAUCCCUCAGGAAUUCCGGGAUCGGUCAUAUCGGUCCUCAUACCCUUCAAACGCCUCAGAGCGAUCAGGGAAUGGUCGGGGACCCAUCUCCUCCCAUAUACAAGGACACGAAUCCGACACCGAACUUCCAGCUUCACGAUCUUGAACCAGGGUACGACUAUACGGUAUAUGUUUACGCGGUCAACGGACGUGGCAAGAGCGAACCCGCUCUUCUGGAACACGUCAGAGUCGUCGAACCUAUCGGCGGAAAGCUGGAGAGAAGCGGAAUCUUUUUGGAAGAUCUGAAAAAGGCGCUACCGCAAGCCAGCUCCGAGAACAUGAUCAUUGCCAUUGCACUGACAGGUACAGGUGCGGCAGCGUUAGUCCUCGUCGGUAUCGGAGUGAUCAUCGGCGUGGCGAUCUGCAGAAAAAGAUCGAACACUCCGGUUAUUGAAGGCCCCGACGAUUUCACCACACCGACCUACGUUCCGGCCCAGAGAAUUGAGCCCAGAAUCAGAUAUUCCAACGAAAAUAGGCGUUCUCAAAGGACAAGUCUCUACAUUGAGGAAAACCGAAAGGAACCAGAUUUACUGCAUCGAGUGGAGCUCGAUUUACAAGACUAAAUCACCUGAUUCUGUACAGUUACAAAUAAUCGAGACACGAAGUGCAAUGUUAAGUAGAAUUCCAUACACAGUGUAGCUUGGUCCUCGACAUUCGCAUAAAUUUGUCCCGUCGAAUUUAUAUCACGUCGUAAAACUGCACCGCGGUUAUAACGACUAUAACGAGUGGCCGUUAACCGUGCAAUCGGAAUCAUUAUUUGACUCGAAGAAUUAACGGUGACAUUCUAUGGUAUCUUUUAUGAUCGAGUCGGGAAAUCUGUUGGUCUUCAACACAAAUCGAGGCAUUACGAAACAUUCUAUUAGUUAUUUAUGUUCGCUUUACGUGAGAAAAGUAAAAGGUUCGCAGCCGACGUUUUUACGUUAGAUUGUAUAGAGCCUAGGGUUAACAUAAUGUUAUAUAAUGUACAGAUAUUUUUACAGCAUAGGAGGCUAAGGCGUACGGUAUAUUCCCGUAAACUUGUAAGCAUUAACGUAUUAACGUCGACCUAAAAACGUGAUUUUAUGUACCUUGUCGCUUAAUAGAGACUGCUUCAAAAAAAGUUACGUCUGUUUUUAAUCUAAAUUUGGGAUAUUUGGAAUUUUUACAAAUUUUAAUCGCGCGUAUUUUAUGAAUUUUAUAAGUUCAACCAAUUAAGAAAUAUGUAAAUUUGUUACGCUUACAUCAUACACUGCAUUAUACUGCGCAUUUUAAUCGACUUAUAUUUCGGACUUGUACUUUUUUUGAAGCAGUCGGUAGUUUAUAAAUUAUUAUUAGCGGUUAAUUUGUAUAAUAUCUUUGAUCAGCGUAGCUCACACGCUAUUCCGUACGAUGUUGUAAAUACUGUACUCGCACGUAUUGAUUGAUACAUAGAAUUAAAAAAGAAAUAAACUGCCACGUUGUAUUAUUAGUGAUUAAUAAAAUUAAAAAGAUUAUCA